CCGCAGGCUUGGCUCAAAGGGCCCAGCCCACACGCCUGCUUAAAGCCGUGAUCGCCCCGGCCUCACCCAGUCCCUGCCCAGGCCGAGUGGACACCUCCAGGACCUGCUGGUGGCUCCUGUUUGAGCUCAGAGCUCUCCGGGGAAGGCAGUCCUCUCUGACAUCUUUCUCUUUCUGGAGGGGGAGCAGAGGCCAUGUCUGACACAGAGGAGGUGACGGAGGAGUUCGAGGAGGAGCAGGAAGAAGACGCUGUGGAAGGGCAGGAGGAGGCAGCGGAAGAGGACCCUGAAGGUGGGGCUGAGGCUGAGGCUGAGUCCGAGGAGACCAAGGCAGAAGAAGAUGGACCAGAAGAAGCUAAAGAGGCUGAAGACGGCCCAGUGGAGGAGUCGAAACCCAAGCCCAGGCUGUUCAUGCCCAAUCUGGUGCCGCCCAAGAUCCCCGACGGAGAGAGAGUGGACUUCGAUGACAUCCACCGGAAGCGCAUGGAGAAGGACCUGAACGAGCUGCAGACGCUGAUCGAGGCUCACUUUGAGAACAGGAAGAAGGAGGAGGAGGAGCUUGUCUCCCUCAAAGACAGGAUUGAGAGGCGGCGGGCUGAGCGGGCGGAGCAGCAGCGCAUCCGGAGUGAGCGGGAGAAGGAGCGGCAGAACCGCCUGGCUGAGGAGAGGGCGAGGCGGGAGGAGGAGGAGAACAGGAGGAAGGCUGAGGAUGAGGCCCGGAAGAAGAAGGCGCUGUCCAACAUGAUGCAUUUCGGAGGGUACAUCCAGAAGCAAGCCCAGACGGAGAGGAAAAGUGGGAAGAGGCAGACGGAGCGGGAGAAGAAGAAGAAGAUUCUGGCAGAGAGGAGGAAGGUGCUGGCCAUUGACCACCUGAAUGAAGAUCAGCUGAGGGAGAAGGCCAAGGAACUGUGGCAGAGUAUCUAUAACCUGGAGGCUGAGAAGUUCGACCUGCAGGAGAAGUUCAAGCAGCAGAAAUACGAAAUCAACGUCCUCCGGAAUAGGAUCAACGAUAACCAGAAAGUCUCCAAGACCCGUGGGAAGGCCAAAGUCACCGGGCGCUGGAAGUAGAGGGAGCAGCGUCUGCCAAGGCUGGGCCUUCUCCCCAAGAGCUGCUCCUUGCUCACAUACUCGCCCUGCACCCCACAGCUCCAGGCCUAGCACCUCACCUGCCCCCACGCCCCACCUUGCCAGUAAUAAAAUGCCCCACACUGAAUGACA